AUGAAAUACUUACCAAAAAUCGUAAUUUUGCUUGUUCUAGCUGCUUUUGCAGAUGCUAAAAUCGUUCCGUACAUCAUGGAUGGACAAGCAAUGGGUCCCAAAGACAUUCCCUUUGCCGCUGGUAUCAUGAUCCAUCGUCCUCAGAACCCCGGAUGGUGUGGCGGAUCCCUCGUAUCACGGAAUUAUGUCUUGACAUCUGCGAAAUGUGUGACAAACAUACCAUCAGCUUCCGUUCUCUUGGGUGCAAGUGACGUAAAUCGUGCCAAUCAAACAAUCUCCGUCAGUAAUAUCAUAAUUCAUCCAUUUUUUGAUGCCAGUGGUGAGAAAAAUGACAUUGCUUUGCUUCAGUUGAGCGUUUCAGCCAAUUUAUCUGACGUCGUUGGACUUGCUCGUUUACCGUCGAAAGCUCAGAAGAAGGAAAAGUUCUCCGGAAUGACUGCGACAGCUUUUGGAUGGGGUAAGGGAGGCAAGGGAAAGGCUUCGGUACCUGUUGAGAAGUUACAUGCCGUAAAUGAAACCGUUAUGACGAAUUUUGGUUGCUUGAAGAAGUAUCCAGCUUACAUCACGGACUCGAAUGUUUGCACAGAAUCGGGCAACGGAACGCCCUGCACUGGCGACGAAGGAGGCGCAUUGUACGUCAUCGAUGAAGACAAUUAUCCAACACAAAUCGGCAUUUUUGCUUAUCAAUUCAGCAUGGGAUGCAAUUGGGGAUGGCCUGCGGUGUACACGCGACUCACUUCCUAUCUCGAUUGGAUCAAGGACAACUCGGAUGUCGUCAUUAGAGAGAAAUAA